CCAUUUCAACUACAUUGCAAUUGGUUUUUCUCUAUAAAUAAUCACCUUCGUACCAGAAUGUAAUCAAAUUGGUAUAGAGUGCACACACAUGGAGGAAGAGAACGACAUAACAGUGACAUGGGAGAAUUUGCAGGCUAGAGUUGCCGGUGGAAAGAAUAGAAAAUUAAUACUGAAUGGUUUAACUGGUUAUGCACAACCAGGGAAGCUUUUGGCUAUAAUGGGUCCUUCUGGUUGUGGCAAAUCGACACUUCUUGAUGCUUUAGCAGGAAGAUUGGGAUCGAACAUAAAGCAAACGGGGAAGAUUCUAAUCAAUGGCCUGAAGCAAGAACUGGCCUACGGAACAUCAGGGUACGUGACACAAGACGAUGCGAUGCUGUCAUGUUUAACAGCUGGAGAAACGUUGUACUACUCAGCUGAACUCCAAUUUCCAAACAGCAUGUCUAUAACUGAGAAGAAGGAACGAGCAGAUGCUACGCUGAGAGAAAUGGGUCUGCAAGAUGCGAUCAACACAAGGGUUGGAGGGUGGAGUUGUAAAGGUCUGAGUGGGGGACAGAAACGGAGACUCAGCAUAUGCAUUGAGAUUCUAACACAUCCCAGACUCCUCUUCCUUGAUGAACCAACCAGUGGCCUUGAUAGUGCAGCUUCCUUUUAUGUUAUGACUGGAAUUGCAAGUCUCAUUCUAAAGGAUGGCAUUCAAAGGACUAUUGUGGCUUCCAUCCACCAGCCUAGCAGUCAGGUUUUCCAACUUUUUCAUCAUCUUUGUCUUCUCUCUUCAGGAGAGACUGUGUAUUUUGGACCAGCCUCUCAUGCAAAUCAGUUUUUCUCUUCCAAUGGUUUUCCCUGCCCAUCUCUCUACAAUCCUUCAGAUCAUUACCUAAGGAUCAUAAACAAAGAUUUCAAUCAGGAUGCCGACGAAGGAAUUACCACUGAAGAAGCAACUAAUAUCCUUGUCAGUUCUUAUAAAUCGUCUGAAUAUAGUAAUGACGUUCAGAAUGAAAUAGCAAAAAUAAGUGUAAACGAUUCUGGUGCAGUUGGAAGGAAGAAGAUUCACGCUGCAUUCCUUACUCAGUGUCUGGUUCUUCUGAAAAGAUCUUCGAAGCAAAUCUAUCGUGAUAUAAGCAAUUACUGGUUACGUCUGACUGUCUUUAUAGCAGUAUCUGUAAGCUUGGGCUCUAUUUUCUAUCACGUUGGUGCAAGUAUGAGAUCAAUUCAGGAAAGAGGAUCGCUGCUUUGUUUUUUCGUUUCGGUUCUGUGUUUCAUGACACUUGUCGGUGGAUUCUCGCCGUUAAUAGAGGAAAUGAAGGUGUUAAAGAGAGAGAGAUUGAAUGGACAUUAUGGUAUAACAGCUUUUCUGGUAGGGAGCACAUUUUCUGCUGUUCCUUACACACUACUGAUAUCUAUCAUUCCGGGAGCUAUAGUUACUUAUCUUUCUGGACUGCACAAAGGAUUAGAGAACUUUGUAUACUUUUCUUGUGUACUAUUUGGUAUUGUGAUGUGGGUUGAGAGCCUGAUGAUGGUUGUUGGGAGCAUUUUUCCAAAUUUUGUUAUGGGUGUGAUCACUGCUGGUGGGGUUGAAGGAGUGAUGAUUUUGACAAGUGGAUUCUACAGGCUGCCUAAUGAUCUUCCGAAACCNUUAUGGAAAUACCCUUUCUACCAUGUUUCCUUCCUCAACUAUGCUUUCCAAGGAUUGUUAAAGAAUGAAUUUGAGGGAUUAAUGUUUGGUUCAGAUGGCAUAAGUCUUAGUGGUAGAUAUAUUCUUUCAGAGACAUGGCAUGUGCAAAUGGGUCAUUCAAAGUGGUUUGAUCUUUCUAUCAUGUUUGGUAUGAUUCUUCUCUAUAGAGUUCUAUUCUUGAUCAUCACUAAAUGCAAGGAGAAAUUCAAACAUGUUCAUGUUGGCACUAAUGCUCCUCAAACAAAAGUUUUCUCCAGAACCAACAUCACUGAUCUUUAGACAACUGAAAUGGAGAAUUAUGAUGCUCAAAGUCAUUCAUUACCAGAGUUUCUGUUAGAGAUAACCAGUUAAUAUCAAAGUUAUAUAUUACCACAUCCUCAAUGUUAAAGAAAUACUGAGAGACAAAUUGUAAUAUAAGUAAUAAAAUCUGAUAGAG